UUAUCAACCGGCGAAUGCGGAUCUUUGUGAUUCGCAAGAAGAAGAUGCCAAGCGUGUAUGGAAAUGGAACGCCUUCUCCCAAAAAUGAUGAGCUCGACAUUGAUGAUUCUCGUAUCUGUUACGACCAUGGCAAUCUUGUCCGGCGAAACUUUUGCCGCAUUACCCGCUCAAUGCAAUUCAGGAUUUCUCGAGGAGCUACCACCCAGACUACGUAAAAUCUGUGUUGCUAUCGCCAGAAUAUGGGAUGCUAGGGAGAUGAACGAUUUCGUCGACAACAGAGAAUAUCGAGAGAACUUACCCCGUUAUGACAGCAGUGUCAAGAGGCAAGACGUCGAUCAUGUUUUCUUGCGCUUCGGAAAACGACGUUAAAAACGAUGGCCUGCUCUGUAUUCGCACAAGCGAUAAACGAUCUCAAGUUCUCUUUCAGUUAUUCAAUCACCUCGUCAUCAAUUCGUAGGACAUUUGCCGAAUGUAAAAAAAAGAAAGAAUUUACAGUCACCGCAUACGCGCCUAAAGAUGAGAUUACCUGAUCCCGUUAUUAACGUUAACAGCCUUUUUGAUAAUCUUUAUUUUCGUUGUAAACAGUAUUAAGGGAUCAAAUUGGUCUCCUCAAGCGUUCUAGUGUUGAGUCAUCGUGAAAGUAAGUAUGUCUUGGAUUUUAAGAGUUUUUUUAGUACAAUUUUAUGUCCUUUCUUUGUUCGAUAAAAACGGUACGUUUAUAGAGGAAUCUUAAUUAAAGGUUUUAUAUUUUAACAUAUCUAUUAACGGCCAACGUUCCAUUUUUUGGAACAAAAUUUUUAUUAUACAUGAAAGAUAAUUAAUUUUUGUAAUAUAAAAAUAAUCUUUUCCCUCUUUUAAAAACACGUUUCAGUAUUUAUAAAAUAUAUAAAACGUUUCAAAAUUUUUAUUUCAAUCUGAAAUAAUUUUACAAGCAAACAUGUGUUAACAAUAUAUCUUAAAAAUCGAACCCUAUUUUCACAAAUCUAUAUUACUUCGCCACGAAUAGAGAAUGUAACUGCAUUACACAAUAAGUGUACUAUUUUAAUCUAUAACGUAUCUCGUGAAUGUCUCGAAUUUACUCGUCUAUUAAUUCCAUGUCCUACAUUAAUUAGACCUUACAGUUAGAUUAACAUCGCCACUUUACGAAUAUAAAAACGUAGGAACGUUGCGCCGUAUCGAUUUUCGCGCGACUACUAUUUCCAAUUAAUCACUCUCAUUUUCACGCCGUUUGCCUGGUAAUGACUCUCUAUAUGAAAAUGAAGGGUAUUGUAUAAAGUUCACCCAUUAUUUAUUUUAUAAAUCAAUUAUCCCACGCUUCGUAACACGAUCAGUGUUGUCACUAGUGACAAUUAGUUUGAAGGCGGUAUAAUUAAAUUAGAUAUAAAUUAAAUUGACUUAAUCUCGGAAUAUAUAUCAAGCAAUAUUUUAAAUUUACAUACAAGCAUUCAUUUGCUAUUUAACUUAAUUUUGUUUAUUCAAUCAAUUUACUUUUAAUUAUAUUUUUCUGUAUAAGAUGCAAAAAGUGGACACAUGGCAUUAUUAGAGAAAAUUGAGAUAAAUCUUUCCUUAGUAAAAAAAAAUUAAAAAAGAUUAUCACUUUUUUUGUAACUUUUCAAGAUUUAACGUUUGAUAUAUCAAAUCUCGAAUAAAAAUUUUUAUUGAAAUAAAUUUCACUGUAAAUUGAAAAACGAAUCAUUAAUUAUAUAAUUAAUAUAAAUAAUUUAAUAUAUAAUUUUACAUCAUUCAUUUUUCUUAAUAAAAAUUAUUUGUAAAUUUAAUAAUGCUAUGCAUUCACUUUUUGAGAGACGGCAUUUAUUACAAAAGACGGUAUUUAUUGCAAAAGAAGAUAGAAGGGAUACGAACAAGUGUAUACAGCAAUUUGAAUAAAUAAAGAUUAAAUAGUGAAUGAAAAUAUAUAAGUAUAAAUACCUUGUAUUAUGUGUCCUGGAAUUGAAGUAGAAGUUCUCAUUCAAUUUUUAUUGUCAAUUGAUUAAUUUACAGUUUUACUUGUAUUAAAAGACACGUGCCGAAGCUUCGACCGGUCCCGAAAGACUGCAUUAUUUUCACAUGUCUAUAUCUUUCUCUUACGAAUAUAUUCGCAUAAUUAUAUGUAUCUUAACAUGGAAUAAACGAAAAUACGAAGAUAUGAUGCUGAUAGAUAUACAAUAUAUUAAUUACCCGGAUAGCGCAAACCUAUUCUAUAAACAUAUCCUUUAACAUUCUAUAUAUAUCCUUCAAUAAAUAUUUUUAUAUGUUAAUAAAGUGAAAAAAACGGUCUAUGAAUCUGCAUAAAAUUUCAAAAUAAGACCGUUCUAAAAACAAUGAUCUAAACAGAUUUAUCAAAUAUUCUUUUAACACGAGAAUAUUCUACAAAGAUUCAUAGAUAAUUCUGUAAGAAUAUUUUCAAAAUAGUAUAUUUGACGCUAAAUAGAAUCAAAUAAGACAAAAAAUAUAUUGUGCUAUCAGGGUAAUUACAUGUGACAUAAAUAGUAUAAUUAUUAUAACAGGUAUAUACGUCUACACACACAUAUAUAUAAAGUAAUUCUCUCAG